UUAGCCAUUUGCAUCGAUAGAAUCUUUCAUUGUGAAAAAUCCAUGUCAAAGUUAUUCGUAUGUUUCAAUAUCGCAACGAUGGCAUUUUUUCGUGUUCAAAUUCUAUCGAUGAGUGUGUUUUUUGUCCAAAUCUGAAUUGGCACAGUCAAAAUACACUAAAUUGAAUGGUAUAUACACAAUAAUUGAAAGUUUUGACUAAUCAAAAAUCAAUACGUCAAAGUGCAAACAAAUUAUUAUAAAAACAAAGACCCAAUUAAAACAAAGACCCAAGUGUUUUUUUUCUUACGAAAUUCUCGAUUUAUUUUUGUUUCUUGACGCAACCCAGUGCAGAAUUAUAAAAUAUGGGAAAGAUGCAAUAUUUGAGGACGAUUUAAUUGCCAACAUUAAUUGUGCAUGUACACUCUAUAAUCCAAUAUUGUUUGUUCCGUUUCGAGUUGAUGAUAUCAAUACGUUCUUCGGCCGUAUAUUUCGAUAAGUUUGUUUGGCAUAGGUUUCAUUUUGCAAAGUUAGAAAGUGAAUUGCGGAAAAUAUUCAUGAGAGAAUAAGACGAAAAAUUUGUUUUUGUUUAUUUUUGUGUGAAAACUAUUGAAAACUGAAAGUCAGGCAAGUGUGCUCGAUAGUUUGCAUGAAAGUGGAGCAAAAAUAAAGUACACAUUGAAAAGCUACUCAAAGCUACAAUCAAAGGUUGUUUUUGCUAUAUUAUGCAGUUUUUGUCUAUCUUUCCUGAAAAUAACGCGUCAUUAUAAGUGAGACAGACAAAAGUCAUAUGUACAAUUUUCAUACGAGCAAAUAAACCGAAUUGGCAAACACAAAAACGAUUGAUUUGGUGCGUGUGAAACAAUUUCCUUUUUGGGAUCAAGGGUACCGAUGUCAUGGAUCAGCCUAAUUUCAUCGCAAGUCGUACACGAUCAAAGACACACAGUUCUCCGUCACCGUAUAAGAAACCAAAAUUAACCCCGAAAACCAAUUCAAUUUCACCUAGUGUAGAUACUAAUAUAGCUGCAACGCUGGGUUCAAACAUACGCAAAACAUCGACUCGGCAUCAUAACACCGAAAGUGCCAGUACGAGCACUUCACGGCGAACACCGACCAAUAAUUUAUCGGCCGCACACGAAACGAACUCUUUUAACAAUAACGUUUCACAAUCGUUAAAUCCAGCAAGUCUCCUAAGACGUAGUUCAAGAAGUAAGGUUCAGCAACCGACUGCAACGACGGGUUCCUGCGUUAGUUCCGCUGCAAGUACACAGGCUUGCACAUCGUAUCAAGUACGCGGUCCAGCUUCAUCAGCAAACGAAGCUGGUGCUAGUGGUUCAACCUCGACAGUUGCAUCACAGAGCAGCAGUUCGGGUAACAAUAGCUCUAGACGGCGUCGAAAAUCAGCCACAUACAUUGCAAACGCUGGAAAAUUACAUGAUACAGACAACAAUCAAGUUUUAGUUGAAGCUUCAACAUCGGGAAUGGCAAAUAAUGGAUCUCGUGAUGCAAAUGCUCAUAAUCAGGGCCAAACUCAUUACGGUAAAGCCAGCAAAAAAUUCUCAUUAAAACUACACAGAAUGACAUUCACUUCAGCUGACUCAAACUCUUCUUCUUCCACAAAAACCAACGAAUUGAUAGAUAUGUCAAAUAUACACAGUUUAAGACGGAGUCCACGUGGUAGUGUUAAGACAAGCAAUUUAAGCACAUCGGCGACCGUUCACACAUCGCCAUUAGCCGUCAAUGCGUCAUCAAUCGCAACGUCAAACAACACCAAAUCAUCUUCCUCGUCAAAUAAUUUAAGCAACACAGCCACAACAACGCCAUCACCAUGGGAUGCUGGUCAUCAUCAUUAUCACAGUACAGCUGGUUCGUCUGGUUCAAGCAGUAAUAAACAAUCAUCGGCUUCAUUGCGCGGAACAAGCUUCUUUUCGGCACUCGAUUCAGCGCUCGCAAUAACUCAAAGCCAACCAUCCACUUCACAAACGGCCGGUGUUUCAGUUUCGCUUUCAAACAGCAAUGGUUCGGCAUCACAACAGACGUCAGCACUUCCCGCUAGUACAGCGGUCGCAUUUAGUGGUGACUCUGAAAGUUUGGCAAACGUAAAUUUGGCCCAUAGUCUGGCUGGUGCAAGUGGUUCACUUCCAGUCAGUUUCGGUAGUUCGGCUCCAUCGGCCAUGGAUCCCGAAGCGGCAGACGAUCCAGACGUUGGACGUUUACAAGCAUUGUUGGAGGCUAGAGGCAUUCCACCUCAUGUAUUCGGUUCAUUGGCUCCUCGCAUGCAUCAUUUAUUGCACAGAACAAUCGGUUCAAAUAGUACGUCGAAAGCACAACAAUUGCUACAAGGUUUGCAGUCGAAUGAUGAAAGCCAGCAAUUGCAAGCAGCAAUUGAAAUGUGUCAAAUGUUGGUGAUGGGCAAUGAAGAUACUCUGGCAGGUUUUCCAGUAAAAUUGGUUGUCCCAGCUCUCAUCAAUCUACUUCGAAUGGAACACAAUUUCGAUAUAAUGAAUCAUGCAUGUCGUGCACUCGCUUAUAUGCUCGAAGCAUUGCCCCGAUCAUCGGCAACUGUGGUCGAUGCCAUUCCGGUGUUUCUUGAAAAAUUGCAAGUCAUUCAGUGUAUGGAUGUUGCUGAACAAAGUUUAACCGCAUUGGAAAUACUUUCACGUCGUCACAGCAAAGCCAUUUUACAAGCCAACGGUAUAUCGGCUUGUUUAACGUAUUUGGAUUUCUUUUCGAUGAACGCACAACGAUCCGCCUUGGCCAUAACUUCGCAUUGUUGCUUAAAUCUUCAGCCAGAUGAAUUUCAUUUUGUAAGCGAAUCAUUGCCAUUGAUGUCACGUUUGCUAACGCAACAAGAUAAAAAGUGUGUUGAAUACGUAUGCACGGCAUUUUAUCGUUUGGUUGAGAGUUUCCAACAUGAUCCAACCCGAUUGCAAGAAAUUGCCAAAAAAGAUUUACUCAAAAAUUGUCAACAACUAUUGGUUGUAACGCCAUCGAUAUUGAACUCAGGCACAUUUACCAAUGUAAUUCGUAUGCUCAGUAUUAUGUGCUCGAAUUGUCCGGAUCUGGCAAUAACUCUAUUGAAAAUCGACAUUGAUGCAACGCUAUUGUACUUGCUGACCGGAUCAUCUGAUACUUUGGCAACACGACAAGCAAAUGGCGGCACCACCGAUAUUGAAUUAGUCGAACGAAAUCCACAAGAAUUAUACGAAAUCACCUGUUUGAUUGGUGAAUUAAUGCCACGUUUGCCAAACGAUGGAAUAUUCAGUGUGGAUGCACUGUUUGAAAAACCAGUACAACAGGACCAGGUUACUUGGCAAUGGCGCGGUGAUCGUGGCACAUGGCAUUCUUAUUCGAUGAUGGAUUCGCGUGCAAUCGAGGCUGCUCAUCAAAAUUCGGAUGAUGAAAUCAGCUUAUCAACAAUGGGCCGAACAUAUACAAUUGACUUUCAUGCAAUGCAACAAAUAAACGAAGACACAGCAACCACACGACCAGUUCAACGGAAAAUAAAUCCAACAGCAAAUGCAAACACAACACCAAAUAUGCUGGCCACUGACUCAAAGAAUGCUAAUACAGACGGUGCGGUUGGUUUUGGUGAAUGUCUGCACGGUACCGGAACGGUUAAUCUAGCAUUACGACCACCAAAUCCAUAUAGGGAUGCUCGAUUGGCUUGUUUGCGCGAAGAGCGCGGUCUUGCAGCCGAAUUUAUUAAAAAUAUGUUCUCAGUUUUGUACGAAGUGUACAGUUCAUCAGCCGGUCCAUCGGUUCGAUUCAAGUGUUUACGUGCACUCUUGCGAAUGGUGUAUUUCGCAAGUGCAGAUUUAUUACGUGAAGUUUUAACAAAUCAAAUGCUAUCGUCACACAUUGCUGGCAUGAUGGCAUCCAAUGAUUUGCGAAUUGUUGUUGGUGCCGUUCAAAUGGCCGAAAUUCUUAUGCAAAAAUUACCGGAAAUAUUCGGUGUUCAUUUCCGUCGUGAUGGGGUUAUGCAUCAAAUAAGUUUAUUAGCCGAUCCAAAAUUGCCGAUUUGCGAAAAAUCGAAAAACACACCGUCGUUAAGCACCCCGUCAGUUACCGUUUAUGAAUUUGAUUCGAGCAAAUCAACACCGAGCAGUGUUUUAAGCUCGUGUUUCUCGCGAAACAGUAGUACUACGACAACACCAUUGACUCAUCAUCAAUCGGCACCAAUGCAACGCCGACACAUGGGUCCAUCUACGUCAUCGGCAAGUUUCUCGUUGCAAGCCGGCGGCACAACUAAUAGUCCGAUGCCACUCAAUCACCAACAACCAUUGUCGACAGCAUCCUUAGUUACCUUCCAUCAUCCAGUAGAGUCAACUUCUAAAGAUUAUUCGCUACCGCCUCACCAUAAUAAUUACCACCUGCAUCAUCAUCAUCAACAACAACAACAGCAACAGCAAUACCAACGUCUUACAAUCCACCAUAAUUCUCAUGCACAUUACAUGCUCACAGAAGUGAUGAGUGUUGGUGGCGAUGUUGUAAGCGGCGGUGCAUCCAGCAGCAGUGUCACCACAAACAUUGCACUUCCAAUUGAUCAACAGCAACAACAGCAGCCGCAACAACAAUCUCAGAUUGGUCAUUCAAGUCAUUCGACACAAUCACAUGCGAAUGCUAUUCAAACAAAAAUGUCAGAUAUAUUAAAACGAAAAGCACCACCAAAGCGUAAAUCUCAAACUUCAUCACGAUCAAAGACUCGAAAUCAAGAGCACAACAACGAACAACCGUCGGUGAUGCAAGAGUUGAUGAAUAAAGCAUCAGCUUUGGGAUCAUCGGGACGUAGUACACCAUCUACAUCGUCGACACCAAUGAAUGUAGGCGCCAGUGGAAGUGCCGGCUCAUCGGGAUCGUCUCGUUCACGUUUCGGUUCAAGUUCAAAGACUUCAUCGUUUUUGGCAUCAUUGAAUCCAGCUCGUUGGGGUCGAACCACUUCAAUGCAUUCGCAUUCAUCGUCAAAAGACAGCGGUCAUUCGAGCAGUAGCGGCGCUGGAACCAGUAGUUCAAGCACAUUGAUCAAUGAACAUUCGUCAAGCUCCAGUUUGAUUGCAGCUGGAAAUCGUGAAAAAGCACGCCAAUGGAUUCGUGAACAUGCUGUUGAGUUCAAUAAGCAUUAUGAUGGUGAAAGUGAUUUAGCUAGUGAACCAACAGUUUUAGUACGUUUGACCACCGUCAUUCAGAAUUUGAAUGGAAAUCUUGAAAGUUGCGUCGACGCACUUAAUGAUCUCAAGCAUAUCCUACUCAUUAGUGAUAUAUCACCGUUCGAAUUCAAUCACUCUGGUUUGAUUCGUUCGAUGCUUAAAUUUAUGACAUCCGAACAAGAAGCCGUACACAGAGACGAUAGACUGCGCGCUUUCUUAAACGUAUUCACCGGUUUACCAUUGAAUACAACAAAUGUCAGCGGGUCUAUUCUAUCAAGUGCAAAUAUUGAGAACUCCGCAUUUAGUUCAUUUGUAGCCAAAUUAAAUGGUUGUGUCACCCAAUUGGAACAGUUUCCGGUAAAAGUUCAUGACUUUUACGGUGGUUCGAAUACAAGUGCACUUAAAUUUUUCAACACGCAUCAAUUAAAGUGCAACCUACAACGUCAUCCAGAUUGCACGAAUUUGCGUCAAUGGAAAGGUGGUACCGUUAAAAUUGAUCCAUUGGCUUUGGUACAGGCCAUCGAACGAUAUUUGGUUGUGCGUGGCUACGGUGGAAUUCGUGUCGAUUCCGAAGAAGACUCCGAAGAGGAUAUUGACGAUAGCGUGGCAGCGGUUGUUAUGUCACAAGCAUCAUUCAAACAUAAGCUACAAUUUUUGAUUGGUGAAAAUGUGUUGCCAUAUGAUAUGACUGUGUAUCAGGCUAUUCGACAGUUUUCGCCACUAGUUAAUGAUCAAUCGGAAACCGAUACAGAGUCAGAUAUAAUGCAAAGUAAUGCAAGCAUUUGGGUUCAACAGCAUACCAUUUACUAUCGUCCAAUUGAGGAAGAACCAAGUCAACACGCGCAUAAUCAACCCAGUGGUAGUAGUUCAAGUAAUGCCGUUGGUGGUACAUCGAUCAGUACGCGAGCAUCAUCGUCCUCUUCGUCAUCGUCUCGAAAACACUCAGAAAAAUCGUCAUCAAAGUCAUCACGCAAGAAGUCUGAAUAUUGGACCGAUGGCAUUCAUCAAGUUGUUUCGCCGAUUUCAAGUUUCUUAACGAAUUUAUUGCCCAAAGAUAUAGUAACCGUUCAAGAUGCAUCUUUGGAUGCUUUGUGCAUGUUACGUAUUGUGCAUGCAUUGAAUCGACACUGGGAAUCACUUUACAAUGGCAACUUUACACAUGAAGAUAUUAUUCCGGCAUCGGAAUUCAUUCACUCUAAGAUAACGGCCAAAGCAAAUCGCCAACUUCAAGAUCCACUCGUGAUAAUGACUGGAAAUCUUCCACAAUGGUUACAGCAAAUUGCAACAGUUUGCCCAUUCCUGUUCCCAUUCGAAACACGCCAUUUGCUAUUCUAUGCCAUAACAUUCGAUCGUGAUCGUGCAUUGCAACGCUUGCUUGAAACUACGCCUGAUCUCAAUUCAACGGAUACCACCGAAAAAGUCACACCACGUUUAGAUAAACGUAAACGUACCAUAUCACGUGAAGACAUUCUCAAACAGGCCGAACACAUCAUUCAGGACUUUGGACACACAAAAGCACUGCUUGAAAUUCAAUAUGAAAAUGAAGUUGGAACCGGUUUGGGACCAACGCUUGAAUUCUACGCACUGGUUUCGGCUGAAAUUCAACGCUGUGAUUUAGGUUUAUGGAAUGAAAGUGAUACGUAUCAUUCACCAUCUUCAUCAAUCGAUGACUGUGUUAAGAAUGUGGUGAAUGAAAUGGAAGACGAUCAACAAAUGUCACAAACAGAUGAACAAGAUGAGGUUAACAAUGCACUGAAUCCGAUAUCAAAUUAUCAAACGUCAGCGGCGAAUGUUCGACAAUACGUUCAUGCCCAAUUCGGUCUCUUCCCAAUGCCAAUCAGUCAUAGUGCCAAACAAAUACAAAUCUCACGCACCAAAUCAAAAUUCAAGUUCUUGGGCAAAUUUAUGGCUAAGGCAAUCAUGGAUAGUCGAAUGUUGGAUCUACCAUUUUCAAUCCCAUUCUAUCGAUGGUUGUUGUAUGAAGACAGUUCACUUGGACUGGCCGAUUUAUCAUCGGUGGCACCAGAAGUUCAAGUCUCAUUGAAACGUUUGCAGAAUAUUGUACGUGAACGUGAUGAAAUUUUGGCAAAUUCAGCCAUAGAUCAAGACACCAAAAAUGUCAAGAUUGAAAGUUUACAUUAUGAUGGCUGUCCAAUUGCCGAUUUGGGCUUGAACUUCACACUUCCAGGUCAUGCAACCAUUGAACUCCGUCGUGGUAGUCGAGAUACUGCAGUCAAUAUUCAUAAUUUGCACCAAUAUGUCGCUUUAGUAACCCAAUGGUUCUUAGUCGAAGGUGUACAAACACAAUUCGAAGCACUCCGUGAAGGAUUUGAUUCGGUGUUCCAAUCACAACGAUUGCGUCUCUUCUAUCCCGAAGAAAUCGAAAAGGUGCUGUGCGGAUCAAGUUUGAACAACUAUCAUCGUUGGGAUGUGAAAAUGUUGCAAGAUUGUUGUCGUACCGACCAUGGAUUCACACCCGAAUCGAAGGCCAUUCAGUAUUUGUAUGAAAUACUAAGCACAUACAAUCGCGAAGAACAACGUUUAUUCUUGCAAUUUGUCACCGGUUCACCGUGUUUGCCGACUGGCGGUUUCAAGGCAUACAAUCCACCAUUGACCAUUGUACGCAAAACACUCGAUCCAAAUGAGAAUCCAGAUGACUAUUUGCCAUCAGUCAUGACAUGUGUUAACUACUUGAAACUGCCCGAAUAUUCGAGUCGCGAAGCAAUGCGUAGCAAAUUGAAAACGGCAUGUGUUGAAGGUAGCAUGAGUUUCCAUUUGUCUUAAAUUCAACACAAUCACAAUGAAAACAAUCAAUGCUAUCAUAUCAAGCAUUUGCUGAACACAAAGAAAACCAAUUCAGAUGCCAAAAUAGAACUUUAUUUAAUCGAAAAUGGUCGAAUGAAGAGAACCAAUUAUAUCAAUAUGAUCCCUUGAAAAAAACGAUCUGUGAAUUUGCCAUUUGUGAAGCAUUUUCUGUAUCAUCAAUGUGAGAAAAUCUAACAAACAUGAAUAUCAAAUAAAAUCAAAAUUGAAAGACAAAAUAUAAUAUACAUAAAUAUUGGAAUGAAAUGAAAAGAAUGAUCAUGUUAAAAUCACCUAAUCAAGUGAUUUUUUGUAUUUGGAAAAAAAAGAGAAUGGAUUUGAAUGUUCAGUAGUAGUGGUUAAGCGAAGAAAUUGUAUUGCUAUUCUCCAAAAAUGAAAUGAAGUGAGAAUGUCACCGAAAUAAAUUCACAUCAAAUUAAUUGAAAUUAUCUGAAGAAAAUCCAACUUCAAAACGAUUCUGUUGUAAUGACAAAAAUAUUAUGAAAAAUUAUGAAGUUUUGAUUACAAAACAACCAUAAAGAAAUGAACAUUCAAAAAAUAAACCAAUCGAAUCGAAAACCAUUAUCUAAACAGUGAAAAAAACGAAAAAAAAGACCAAACAUUAAAUGUGUUGUUUUUUGUUUCUUCGAACACUAAUUGGUUACAAUUUGAAUCUAAUAUAUAUAUACAGUCUCAUAGCUUUACAUUCAUAGUAAUUGUCAAGGAAAAUCAUGAAAUCCACAACAUACACGUUCACAUCAGAAAUAGCUUGAUUUGAAUGGAGUGAAAACUGUACGGCGGCAAUGCGAUAUUCUUUUCUCUAUACUACAUAGAUCCAAGAUCUAAUUACAUACCCUUCCCCCCUAUUUGAACGUGUAAUGAAUACAUUUAUUUCAAACAUACAACUAUGGAACACAAAAAAAAAACAAGCGAAAUCAAAUGCGAUAAUUAGAUGAUACAAACGAUUUAAAAUAAACAAUGAACAAAAAUA